CGUGUCUGCCCGGAGCUGGCGGCUGCCCGGCUGGCGGCGCGGCCAGGCGAGCUCAGCCGAGCGCAGAGGCGGAUUUUGAGGAACAAUAACAGAGCGGGGAGCGCGGGACCGGCGCGGCCGCCCCGCCCGCCCGCCGCACCAUGUACGCCUUUGUGCGGUUCCUGGAGGACAACGUCUGCUACGCGCUGCCCGUCUCCUGCGUGCAGGACUUCAGCCCCACGUCCCAGCUCGACUUCGACAACCAGAAGGUCUACACGGUGUACCGCAACCCCGAGGAGGCGGAGGAGGACGACGAGAGCCCCGGCGAGUGGGGCGACCGCCUGCUGCUCCACAAGGCCCAGAUCCUGGCGCUGGCAGAGGACAAAACUGACCUUGAGAACAGUGUGAUGCAGAAGAAAAUUAAAAUCCCCAAACUCUCUCUCAAUCACGUAGAAGAAGCUGGGGAGGUUACAGAUUAUGGGGAAGAAGAUGUGGAGCUUAGACACAGUAAGAGACAAGAUGGGAGGAAACAAAGUGAAGGUACGCACAAAAGCAUUGAAGCAGUUGUUGCUCGCCUUGAAAAACAGAAUGGGAUGAGUCUCAGUAAUACUUCCAGCCCUGAGGAGGCUUUUAUGGAAACUUCGGAAGGCAUGAACAACAUGGACGAUGCUGUAGUUCCUCGGAUUCUGUAUGAAGAAUUGCUGAGGAGUUACCAACAGCAACAAGAAGAAAUGAGACACAUUCAACAGGAGCUUGAGAGAACACGGAGACAGCUUGUGCAACAGGCAAAGAAGCUAAAGGAGUAUGGGGCACUCGUGUCAGAAAUGAAAGAGCUCAGAGACUUGAACAGGAGACUCCAGGAUGUACUGCUUCUAAGACUAGGUAGUGGACCUGCCAUUGAGCUUGAAAAAGUAAAACCAGAGUCAAUUGAGCCUGAACCUGAGGUACAGAAGACCUUCAGUGAGGAAGCAAAUACAUCAACGUACUAUCCUGCCCCUGUUCCAGUAAUGGACAAGUAUAUUCUCGAGAAUGGAAAGGUCCAUCUUGGCAGUGGAAUUUGGGUAGAUGAGGAGAAAUGGCACCAGCUGCAAGUAACACAAGGAGAUUCAAAGUAUACAAAAAAUCUAGCGGUUAUGAUUUGGGGAACAGAUGUUCUCAAGAACAGAAGUGUCACAGGAGUUGCAACCAAAAAAAAGAAAGAUGCCGUUCCCAAGCCACCUCUCUCACCUCACAAAUUAAGCAUUGUCAGAGAAUGUUUGUAUGAUAGAAUAGCACAAGAAACUGUGGAUGAAACUGAAAUUGCACAGAGACUCUCCAAAGUCAACAAGUACAUCUGUGAAAAAAUCAUGGAUAUCAAUAAAUCAUGUAAAAAUGAAGAAAGGAGGGAAAGUGCAAAGUACAAUUUGCAAUAAAUUUUGGAUUUUUAAUAAAGUCUUAGUGUUUUA